AUGUUCAAGAAAAAGCCUCAGAUCAAGAACCUUUCCCCGCUACGGUCUUCGGACCGUCGCAAGCUUGCGGACCAGAUCAUCGCCGAAUACAAUGUACACGUGCCGACAUUGGAGGAGAUUGACGGCACCGCGGCAGAGAGCCAGCCUCCUUCAACCCAACCCACACCCGUUCUAUCCUCGAUUCGCACGAGCCUCGUCCCCGAGACAUGCCUGUCGGCCAGAUUUACCACCCACGCUGGCGCCAAUCUGACAUUGGUCUCAGGCACGGUUUAUGUCGGUGCACACCCAGGUCAAGAGGAACGGAUACUAUGGAUCCAAUAUGGGAAAGAGUCGAGGAUAUACCCGACAGUUUACACACUGUGGCACAAUCCGGGACUGACGCCGCUGUUGCACACCCCAGACUUUGUCGUUGAGAAACUGCGUACCGGUGCCGACUUGAUGACUCCCGGAUUGGUUGGUGGGCCACCAUGGCCGGAGGGUGCCAAGGUGGGCUCGGUUGUGGCUGUUGCAGGCUUAGAGAGACCAAGCGUGCCCGUGUGGGUGGGAACUUGUAAGAUUGACGUGUCGAGCCUGGGUCGAGUACAGGGAGCGAAAGGUGCAGCGGUGGAAGGAAUCCAUUGGGAGGGCGAUGAGAUUUGGGGCUGGAGCCAAUUCGGGAGUGGCGGCAGAGCGGGCCCAGAGAGUAUAGAAGGAUGGGAUACUCCGUCUGCUGACAUAGAGGCCGGGGUGAAGGGCCUCGAUCUCGAAGACAACGAUGAGGAGGAGGACGACGACGACGACGAUGGGCAAAAUGGCGGCGUCGCGCUGGAAGCAGGGGCCGCGGCCGGUCUCAGCAGCGAUGAAGCUAACGCCAAUGCCAAUGGCCCAGCAGAGGCUCCAGAAGCCGAGGCAGAACCUGAACGAGAACCAACUACCGCUGAGGUCGACGAUGCGUUCAUGCAAGCAUUCCUCUAUGCUCUGUUCGACGCCAAAAAGAACGCCGAGCCGCCGCAUCAUGGGCUCGACUAUCCUAUACAACCGUCAUUCCUGAUCUCCAACAUGAUACAACCACAUCUUCGGUUCCAGAACCAACACUACACCAUCAAGAAGACGUCAUGGAAGAACACCAAGAAAUUCAUCAAACACCUGGAGAAGCAGGUCUUGGUCAAGUCCAAAGAUCGCAACGGCGGCGAGACUGUCAUCCUGGACAUGGACCUCGACGACGAAAGAGUCCGCACCUUCACUCCCUACAGGCUGCCGAAGCCGAAAGGCCAGACGUCCACAGGCGGCGCCGCGGAAGGGAACCCAACUCCAGCAAGCGGCGCCGACACCUCACUCGGCCAAAAGCUCACCUUGCAGACCGUGUAUCGCGCUUCCAGCAAGCUCGUGCCGGACCUCAUCCCGUCCAAGACGACAUACUAUACCUCGUCUCAGAUCUCCGCCUUUCUCAAGAAAUACAUCGAGAACAACCCGUCCUUGACCGAGACGAGCUCCUCCUCCCCGCGCUUCAUCAAGCUCGACCCGUUCAUCGCGAACAACAUCCUGGGAUCUUCCAACCCUUCGGCCGCGGAUACCCGCGUGCUCGCCGCCGGGGAGAUUUCUCGCGACGCCCUCGUCAAACGUAUCCUCGAAGACUCUCACCUGGCGAUUCCUCACUGGCUGCUGCUCCGCCACGAUCAGACGUACGAUCCCGACUCGCCCGACCCGUCCUUGAAACCAAAAUCUGGACCGGCGCCACAGGUCAGCAUCGUGCUCGAGAAGCGCUCGGGCACCAAAGUGGUCACGAAAAUCUCGGGUCUCGAAGUAUUCGGGAUCAAUCCGCAGGUCCUGGCGCCGGAGUUGCAGAAGAAAUGCGCGGGCAGCGCAAGUGUCGGGCAGCAUGUGGGUGGGAAGCCAGGAAUGAUGGAGAUUCUCGUGCAAGGUGACCAGAGAGACGUGGUGGAGAAGGAACUGAGCAGGAGGGGUGUGGACAAACGAUGGAUCACCGUAGACGAUAAGACGAAAAAGAAGAAGAAAUGA